GAUGCGGAUGCCAUGGUAACAGGCCGAUUAGAGCCAGACCUUUAUAUGCCGUUUAUUUAUUUAAUAUUCCAUUUGCAUGCGAUGCCCGCCUCUGUGGACGUGCCAGCUCGACCUCUGAGUAUUGGAGUGAGAAGUGAAUGUCAGCUUUACGCUGGAGUCCAUCGGAUCCGAGCAGUCUACGAAGGAGCUGCCACCUUAAACGCUCAACAAGUUGUUGUUUUACGGAGGGGGGCUUUUGAAUUGAGCACAGCGCACCGUUUUACAUUGGAGAAAUCUAGAGCAUUUUGAUCUGUCUUCGGUGCCAUCAAGGGGAAAAGGACAGCGCCGUAUCCCUAGUCUGGACACAAUGUCAUUGAAAGUCGACAGAAGUGGGAAUUGAUGGCAGCAGCUCUGCUGAUGAGAGGACAGAAGAUUUCGGGCGUCAGACUCCGAACACCUGACCAGGUUAAUUCCGGCAUUAGUUUUACAAAAUCGUCCUGUUGUUGAAGAGCCGGUUGUCUAUGGCUGUCUGAGCGCUUCUGUCACGGACAGGCAACAUUUCGGCGCGCCUUCCAUCACGAUGAGUGCUUUUCCGCUCGGAUAGUGUAAUUACAACAUGCCGCGUAUUCCAUGAAAUCAUGGGCUAGAUUUAGGGUCAUUUUACUUGUUUCCGCCGCCUUGUGUGUCCCUCUCGGUCUGUUUUUGUGUGCGUGUUUCUGGUGUGCGUGUCAGAAUGAAUCAGUGCGCCUUUGAGUAUGAGCGCCUCUGUGUGCCUAUAAUGUGCGUCCCUUAUGUCCAUUAACAACCCAUCCGUCCUGACAGAGGAACAAGUGUCCUAGUCAUUCAUCCGCGGAUGAAUGUUCCCCACUCUGCCACCUUACCGCUCAAAUCAUUUCUUACAUAAUGAUACAUGUAGAAAAUAGACAAAUUGGGUGAGCAGCCUGGACAUACAUUCUACACAGACAGGACACCGACGGCCAAUAAGCAGCGAGCUCCGUUUUCUACAAAAGACCGGGAUUCCGGUUCCAAUUUGACCGGCGUCGGAGCGUUGAGGGCGGCUGUGGAGAGGAGAGGGAGGGCCUCGGGGGGGAGGGAAACGUUUCAAGGACGAGGAAGGAGAAAAUAUACAGUAACAUAUGUAAGGACAAAAGAUACUCUUUAAGAAAAAAGGAAAAGUAAAGCUGCUGGCGUCACAUAGGCAGGGUGACGGAUUUAAUGUCUGGAUGGAGCUGUUUCCAAGGGCACUGAGGUAAGCAUGGACACAUCGGCAGAGAGAGGGAUAGGGCGGAGGUGUGAGCAGCCGGCUCCAGGAGAAUGACCACUUUUUUUAGCUUUAGCUUCAAUUCAACAUUCAGAUUUACAUUGACAUUCUCACCUAUGUAAUAUAGACAGGCCAACUACACUAAACUGAGAUUUACGGGUUAUAUUCACCCUUCCUUCACUCUCCUCAUCCUACUCCCCCCCCCCUGAGUUGGGAUGGAUGGGGUGGCUGGAGGUGUGGGCACCCCUGGUAGUGCCGGAGUGUCUGGGAGUGACAGCCUCCCCAGACAUAACGGAGGGGACUCGAAGCGGCGCAGUAAGGGCAGCCUGCCCUCUCCGGGUUACAGGCUGUCCCAGGCCUCACUGGAAGGGGAGAGGGGCUCCUUCGGGGCGGACAGCACUUCCUUAGGUGGACGCGGCCGCCGUCUCUCCAUCAUGAGCUCCUCCACCAGGGACGGCCUUCCCUUCCGCACAGCAGGUACCCCAACCACUCCGGUGCCCCAGCCCUCUUCUUCUGCCACAGCUCAUCCUCCUCCUCGUUUACUGGGCUUUGCCUCGACUCGUGCCGCCCUGCCAUCCACCUCCUCCACUGGGACUGGAGUGAUGGUGGUGGCCACAGGCCCAGAGACCACCACCACCACGGCAUGUAACACAACUGCAGGGAGCCCUGAGAUGAUGGGUCAGUUUGGACUGGGUGUGUUUGGCAUGGGACUUGACGGGGAGGACUACAGCAACUCCAACCAGAGCACCUUCAUCCAGAGACAGUUUGGAGCCAUGCUUCAGCCGGGGGUCAACAAGUUCAGCCUGCGCAUGUUUGGAUCCCACAAAGCUGUGGCACUGGAGCAGGAAAGACUGAAAUCAGCAGGGUCGUGGAUCAUACACCCAUACAGUGACUUCAGAUUCUACUGGGACCUGCUGAUGUUAAUGUUGAUGAUGGGGAACUUAAUCAUCCUGCCAGUGGGCAUCACUUUCUUCAGAGAGGAGAACACUCCCUCGUGGAUCAUCUUCAACGUGGUGUCUGACACUCUCUUCAUGGUCGACUUGGUUCUCAACUUCAGGACCGGUAUCAUCAAGGAAGACAACACUGAGAUACUACUGGACCCCAGGGCGAUCCGCCAGAACUACCUGAAAACCUGGUUCCUCGUGGACUUCUUGUCAUCCAUCCCAGUGGACUAUAUUUUCCUGAUGGUGGACAGUCUCGACUCCGAGGUCUACAGGACGGCCAGGGCACUGCGCAUCUUUCGCUUCACCAAAAUCCUGAGCCUGCUUCGACUGCUCCGCCUGUCCAGACUCAUCCGCUACAUCCACCAGUGGGAGGAGAUCUUCCAUAUGACCUAUGACCUUGCCAGUGCAAUGGUGAGGAUAGUUAACCUGAUUGGUAUGAUGCUGCUGCUGUGCCACUGGGACGGCUGUCUUCAGUUCCUGGUCCCCAUGCUGCAGGACUUCCCUCCUGACUGCUGGGUUUCCAAGAACCUGAUGGUGAAUGACACAUGGGGUGUGCAGUACUCCUAUGCUCUAUUCAAAGCCAUGAGCCACAUGUUGUGUAUCGGGUAUGGUGCCCAGGCUCCAGAAGGGAUGACUGAUGUGUGGCUUACCAUGCUCAGUAUGAUCGUGGGUGCCACCUGCUACGCCAUGUUCAUCGGCCAUGCCACCGCUCUCAUCCAGUCACUGGACUCCUCACGAAGACAGUACCAGGAAAAGUACAAGCAGGUGGAGCAGUACAUGUCGUUCCAUAAGCUUCCUGCAGAUGUUCGGCAAAAGAUCCACGAGUACUAUGAGCACCGCUUCCAGGGGAAAAUGUUUGAUGAGGAGAACAUCCUGGGAGAACUCAGCGAGCCACUUAAAGAGGAGAUAGUCAGCUUUAACUGCCGCAGCCUGGUGGCUAACAUGCCACUGUUUGCCAACGCUGAUCCCAACUUUGUGACUGCAGUGCUGAUCAAGCUCCGCUUUGAAGUGUUUCAGCCUUCAGACUACAUCAUUCGCGAGGGCACUGUUGGGCGGAAGAUGUACUUCAUCCAGCAUGGACGAGUCGCUGUGCUGACCCGUGGCAAUAAGGAAACCAAGCUGAGCGAUGGGUCUUACUUUGGAGAGAUCUGUUUGUUGACUCGUGGACGGAGGACAGCCAGCGUCCGUGCAGAUACAUAUUGUCGCCUAUACUCUCUAAGUGUGGAUAGCUUUAACGAGGUGCUGGAGGAACAUCCAAUGAUGCGGCGUGCCUUUGAAACCGUUGCUGUUGACCGAUUGGACCGUAUUGGCAGGAAGAACUCCAUGCUCAUGCGGAAGUCGUCCCAGGGUGGUUCUCUGGGGGGCAGUAUGGGUCGUGGUGGAGGCCGGGGUGGAGGGGGUCCAGGAGCCGGAGGAGGCCUGGCAGCAGGCGGUCUGGGUUCCUGUGACAGCAUGCUGGUGCAGCAGAUUGUCAAACACGACAGCAUGACGGCCAUGCAGGAUGCCAUUGCGGCUGCUGCUGCAGGAAGAAGCGGAGUCGUGGGAGGAAGUGGCACAGUGUCACCUCGGCCGCGCCCGGUCAUCUGGGCGCCGCUGGUCCACGCCCCCCUGCAGACUGCUGCUGCCACCAGUAAUGUAGCCAUCGCCCUCAUGCACCAGCAGCAGCAACAGCUCCAGCAGUUGCAGCAGCAUGCACUUGGAGGUGCUUUCUUCAUGCCCUCCCCUCUUGUCUCUCCCUCUCCCUCCUGUUCUUUCCCUCUGUCUCCCCCUCGCCCUCCUGUGUUACAGCCCCUCCGCCCCUCAGUGAGCUCUCUCAUCGGGAUGAUGACGAUGGGAGGGAUGGGAGGGAUAGCAGGUGGUUUGUCUCCAAGAGGAUUUGCUGCCUCUCCCUCAACCAUGGGCCCUCCUGGUGGGUUGACAUCGCCCCCUAUUGCUAAAACUCCACUCACACCAGCCUCCUCUGUCCCAACUUCUGUCCAACAAGGAAGGACUCUUCAUCACAGCCUCCGCCUCCAGGCUGAUCAUCCCUCCAUGAUCGCUGGAUCAGUAGGAACCUCGACAGGUGGAGGGCCACCAACUCCACCCCUCUACAAGGGACAUGCCUCCAACCCCCUUGCUGCUUGUGGCGCCCCAUCAGAUGGCAACACUUAUGUGACGGGCCAGCAGGGAGCAAAAGAAGCUCUGUUACGUCAUGGAGGAAACAGUUCUCAAUGUCUGCCAGCACUGGGCAGACUCACCCAGGAGGCCAGGCUGCUGUCUGCCUCGCAGCCCACUCUGCCUCACCGCUCCUGGGCUGGACUGCAGCCUCACCCGCCUCUCCACAGGAAGGCCUCUGGUGGUAAUUUGCUGGCAGCUCCUUUCCUGGCAGGACAAUUAGCCAGGGGAGGCAGUGCGGGCAUGCUGACUUCUAACGCUCCAGGACAGCUGUGGGCAAAUAUACCGUUUAAUGCACAAACACACGCACAGUCUGCAGUUCUUAUUCCGCCUGCAUUAGCACAGUUUCUGCCCACACAAUCUGCCCCUCACACUGCCUCUGUACGCACACCUACAGCUGCACACAUGCAUUCUGCAGCUUCUUUGCCAUCUUCCUCCCCUCCAAAGCAGACCCCGCUCUCCUCUGCCAGUCCUUCAUCUGCACCCACUCCCUCGUCUCCUACACCUAUACUCCCCCAGAUACCUCGUCCUAAACCAAUCCCCAUGACCCCCUGUCGCUCCUCCUCUCCUCCUCCCUGCUCCACCCCUCCUUCAGCAGGAACAAACCCGCUGUCGCUCUCAUCAACUCCUCGUCCCAAACCAAUCCCUACACCUUCUUCCCGCUCUUCCUCGCCCUCUCCCUCCUCCACACCGCCUCCAUCUACCCCUGUUACACUACCUCAAACUUACGGGCCCAAAUCAUCUUUCACCUCCUCUUCACCCCCUUCCUCCUUGAUCACCUCUAUCCCACCAUGUCCCCAGAGCCCCCGAGCCAAAGCAUCCAACACACCUCCUUCUGCUUCUCCGUUGUCUGGCCCCAGUCCCACCCCAACCCCAAUACCGACUCCCACUCAGACUACCCGUACCCGUACUCCUACACAAACCCUGGCACCUGUAACUCCUACCCAGAUCCUUACCCAAACACCUUCACCCUUUCCCAUCCCCGUUACACCUGUCCCCUCCCCAAGUAAAUCUAGUCCAACCUCUUGUCUCCAGUCCUCUGUCUCCAGCUCAGCCAUAGGCCCCACCUUGAGCCCGAUGCCAAAACAGACCCCAACCCAAACUGCAUCUCCUUCCCCAACAUUAGCUAGCACCAGCUCUCCAAGAAAAAUAACUUUCUCAGUUCAUCCUGUAAAGCAAACCCCUCCUGUCUCUAGUCCAAGCCCCACUUUAGGCUCUGGUCAUUCCACCAAACCAACCCCAGCGACAACCUCAUCCUCAACAACUUUAUGCCCAUACCCGAGUUCCACUCUUACUACCACCUCUUCUUCCACCACCACCUCUUCUAGUAUCCAAUCUGCCUCUCCUCAACCAUCUAAACAAAUUCCAAUCACCACAGCUGCCCCUACCCACUCCUCAAAACUCAAUACACCCUCUACCCCUGCCCAGACAUCUCAGGCAUCCACCACUACACCCACCCAGUCAGCACAUGCAGCCACCCCUGCCAACACCACCUGCCCUAAAGAUGGGAAAAAAAGACCCUCAACUGCCACUCGCUAGAAAAAACUCAGAGGGACUAAGACACAAACUGCCCCCCAACAUGUAAGAAAUUCUAAAACGAUGUUGGUCUUGUGUUGUGGGUUGUGUCAGAGUUGGCACAAGACAUCCAAUGAUGUUGUGUGGACAGGUACAUCUUUGCAUUCACUCUAGGAUGUGAUUGUCUUAGAACAUCAGGUAGAGUCCAAAUGUAUACCUAAAUGUCUGUGUUAGUGAUUGUUGGAGCAAGCAGGGGAGCUGAACAGGAAGAACAGUAAAAUGGGAUGGAAGCACUAGCUGAAGGAAAAAAGUCUCCAUUUUUUGGACAGUGGAAACAGCAAUACAUGUGAAACAUUUGAGGCUCUCAUAAUGUGACAGGAAAUGAGCUUGACAAUAAUAAUAAAUGUGAGAAAAUAAUAAUCUUGCUGCUUUUGGAGGAACGUUUCCCGUGAUGUCAAUUUUAAAACGAAGGCAAUACAGCAGACACUUCCUGGUUUCCAGCUCCAACUCCCUCUUGCCUCCCGUUCUGCACCAAAGUGUAAUAUUUUCUCAUCAGCAUACUAAAUAAUGAUAAGAAUAUAGAGUUUAAAAAUCAUCAUCAUCAUCAAUCAAAUCUAGUAGAUGCUCAUAUGAAUUUGAAUAAUUAGGAGCUGUCCACUGUUAGUUUUGUUGUCGCAGGUGCGUGGUGUUUAGUUUUUUGAACAAGACAAAACUUUUAAACCUACAUGUUCACUCUGACGACUUCUAUAAAUUGUGUUUUGUGUGUGUGUGUGUGUGUGUGUGUGUGUGUGUGUGUGUGUGUGUGUGUGUGUGUGUGUGUGUGUGUGUGUGUGUGUGUGUGUGUGUGUGUGUGUGUGUGUGACAUACAACACUGCUCUGCUUUGCACUGUGGCUCACUUGAUUUUUAUUCCACCCGGCUCCCUGUACUGUAAAUAUGUGCCUCUCUGUGGAUCUGUUGUAAGCUUCCUCACUCUUCAGCCUCUCUGUCUUUCAUCUCUUUUCUGUCUCGCCGCCUUUCAUCUGAUUUCACAGCCCCGGUCGCUAUCUGCUUCUACAGACUCGCUCUCUUUCUCUCAGUUUACCCGACACUUUACUCUGUGUGGCCAUCAGCCUCAUGUUCAAAUGGCUCUUCCUUCUGUCGCCCUACGACACUGUUUUAGUGCCAUUUCUAGUGAUGUUUGUUGUUUUGUGUGGGUAGCAAGAAGACAUUUCUGUCUUAACCCCUGAUACCAUGUUGCCUAGACUAUAUAUUAAAGGACCCAAUGUUUUAUUUUUUAUUUAUCACAGCUUUAGCUUUUGAACAGAAAAAAUAGCUAAUAAUGCUGUCAGGGUGAUGAUCUUGAGCGUGGUGUUGAAGGUGAUGAUGAUAUUAUUGACAACCAUGACGGUAAUGAUGAAGGUGUAUAUAUAUUGAUGUAAGAAUAAAACGGAUUUAGAGAUCA